CACUUGGCGGUCGGUCAGAAGAAGCUGGCUCCCGGCUGAACCUAUCGUUGUUCUUAGAAUUUAGUCUGGCGCUCUUAUAUCUCAGUAUAUCAUAAACAAACGUAUUGGAAGAAAGGGCCCUGGUAAAUUAACAAAUAAAUUAAUAAACGAUUUAUAAAGUUACUUUGGAUUGGCAAUUACAAGACACGUGGAUUCAGUAGAAGAUACGCGGAAAGGCAUUUGGGCUACUUAUUAUCAGAAAUGUUCAAGUGAAAAACCGCAUCAUAUGUAUUGCUCAGCCGGAGAGGAGAGUUGUGCAUGGCGUCGAGCGGAGGCCGCAGAAACUGUGAAGAAUUUCACUCACGAUCCGCCGCUCACCGAAACUAUUCAGAAAAUGAUUAAGAAAAUUUAUGAAGAUUUAUCUAAAAAUGAUUUAUUGGAACGCUGUUUAGACGGCAACACGCAGAAUAAUAACGAAAGCUAUAACGGCUUGUGGCACUUUGCUCCAAAACAUCUACAUUGCGGCUUGGAAACAAUUGAAAUUGCUAAUUAUCUGGCCGUCAGUAUUUUCAAUGAAGGCUAUUAUAAGGUUUUCCUGAAAGUUUUUCGGACGAUGGGAGUCGUCAUUAGCCUAGUAGCCAAGCAAUUCGUCGACAAACGAGACGAUAAGCGAUUGCGGAUCGCCGAGCGUAAACAUCACGAGGUGACGAAGGAGACUCGCAUAGCUAACAGAAAAGCUCAGGCUGCUCUGAACGAAUUUUAUGAAGAAGAAGAAGACAACCAGAACGGCAGCAAUCAUGGUUACAGUCCACAAACUUUUUUUUGGAGGCAGAAUGGCUGACAUGCUGUUAUUUAUACAUAUAUAUACUUGA